AUGGCACCCCCAAGCCCCCCCAAGAAUCCUGUUCGCCGUCCUCCCGGUCGGUCUCUAACUCGAGAUACGUCCCAAUCCUCUGUUGCACCUCAGAGUGUAGCAUACCAGCCUUGUCCUCCAUCCGCUUUUACACUCCCUGACGCACCUCAGCGUCCUACAGAGCCUCAGAGUGUACAACAGCCUCACCCUACCACUGAUUUCCAGUCCUUCGCUACCGGCGAAUUUUCCUUUGGUGAUUACUACUCAUUCGACACUGCAUUUGACUACACGGGCGAUCUUGAGAGCGCAAACCUAGAUCUUACCCAGCCUUUCCCUGCUUUAGGCUUUCCCUCUACAGUUCAUCCUGCAGUUGACACUACACCUAUUGAUCCCCAGCUAUCUUCGGGUGGCCACCAAACCUCAAUUUCAACUCAGAUUACACCUGCUCAAACCCAGGCCAGUCCUACAACCAACCCCGCGAUCUCUUCUACAUCGCAGGUCCCUGCCCAAGAGCAAUCUCAGCCCACAGUUGAAGAGCGAGUCUUGACUCUGCCUUCUACCACUGCUCAGACCCCAAGCCAAGCUGCUCCUCCAGCUGAGUCUACUUCCGUGCCUACUUCUGUACCCGAGGGUCCCUCGGAGCAACCUCCUCCAGCGACUGGCAAGCGUGUGCAGAAGGCACAGCCAAAGAAGUCUCGCAAGAGAAACGUCGAUCAAGUUGACGUUCAGUCUUCUGCUGGACCUGCUGUCAAAAAGAGAGCCACUGACAAGUCCAAAGAGGCGUCUAAAGAUCAGGCCCAGGAGCAACCUAAGGGACAGACAAAGAAUCCGCUCAAGAGAAAAGCCGAUCAAGUCGACGGUCAAUCUGCCACAGGACCAGCUGCCAAAAAUAAAGCUGCUGGAACGCCAGAGAAGCAGUCAGUGGAACAGACCUUGGCAGCUCUUUCGGACGCCCAAGUCCCUCAAGUUAUCAGCAGGUUGAAGCAGAACAGACAGAGCCGACGGUCGCGGUGGACACAGGCCGUUGCCGAUACGGUGGAACACAAUCAAGCAGAGGCAGAAGCACUGAUAGACAACUUCAAACCAAUCGAGCCUCAACCAGCUACCCCAGUUGUUGACCUGACUGGCGAGGGUCCCGCUGAAAAUCAACUUGCCGAAAAGCAACCCGCUAGAGAUCAAUCUACCGGAGAGCAAUCUGCCAUGGAUCGACCUACCAUGGACCAACCUACCAUGGACCAACCUACCAUGAACCAACCUACCAUGAACCAACCUCAAAACAUACCUGCCCAGAUCCAAGAUCCUGCUAUCAGACCUCCAGGCUACUAUGCUGACAAGGACGUUCGACGUAAGAUCAAGGUUGGCGGCGUUACUCUUUCACGCGCGGGCUUAGGACUUCCCCAUUUCCUUAAUAGAGAUCAGAUUCAUUGUCGAAUUUCUUUCAUCGACGAAGAAAUUCAGAAUCAGAAAGGCAAAGCCCCUAUUUUGCCCCCAUCCGAGCUUGCUCAACCUGAUCCAAAGCCUUUCACCCCAAAGGCGUAUAAUGUACCUGUCAGCAUCAAGGAUCCUCGUGUUCGCCACUUUUUCGACAAGAAAAAUCAUGACCUCUGCACCAAGAACAAGAAAAUUGAUCUCGAUAGGAAUAAUCAAGCGGCUAAGGGCACGCGGUCCCGUCGUGAAGAGGCUCUUGACAAGCAUCGCGAACUUGCUAACGAGAUGGCUAUUGAAUUGAACUGGUGGCGUAUCAAGGCCAUUUCUCUCGGAGCCCACUUCAGAGAAUGGGACCAUGUCCCCGAAACUGUCAAGAGAAACAUGGCAAAAGAGAUGACAGAGAGAGUGGAGAAGCUGGAAGCAGCCGCCGCAAAGGAGGCAAAGAAGCAAAGAUCGACCAUUCACUCCGCUCGAACCAAGGAGAACGCACGACUGUCAAAGGAGGAUGAAGCCCGAAAGAAGAAGGAGAUCUUGGAAGUCGCUGCCGCUUAUGCUGCUGGAGACCAUGCUCUGAUCGAGAAAAUGGCUGAUCCGAACUACCAAGCACUGCUCCCCAAAUCUUCAUCUGCCGCCGCGGGCCGCAACACUACUGCCAACGGUCAGAACUCUAACCGCAAGAAGAGAGCCACUGUUGCUGAUCAAGACACCGAGACCAGCACCGCCGCCGAUGUAACUGCGGCUGUUACUACUGAAGACGUUGCAGAGACUACCAACAAUACUGGUCUUACCAAUACCAUUGCUCCUGACACCAUGGCUUCCGAUACCAUGGACUUUGGCAGUAUGGAAUUUGGUAGCAUGGAGUUUGACAACAUACCCCCUGCCGAUAACGCAACCUCUUACAGCAUGCCUUCUGGUGACAUGCCUCCUGGCUCUAUCUCUCCUUACGCCAUGCCUCCUGGCAACACAAUUCGCUUUGACAACGGUGCUCAUGUCAACACCAGCAUUGCUCCUGCUCAGUUCAACAUGACUUCUGCGCCAAUUUACGGCGGUCCCAGCGUUGAGAUCCAGACCUACCCUAACACCCAGAACAAUGCUUUCGGAAACGCCCAGACUCAGCAACAGCAGUCUUCGGACUUUCCUCAGGGAACCAACAACGGCCAUGAACUUAGACGACAACCUUCUAAUGUCACGAUGUUUGAUGCUGAGCAUGAGGCGAUGCAGCCACUAGACCCUAACAUGGGGACCAUGAUGGACGAAACCUCCCCCUAUUGGGAGGUGACAAACGCUCCCAGCUCUAGCACACUUACUUCAAACGUGGAUAGCUUUCAAGGUCCCAUGGGAGAUGUCAGCACCCUCCCACCUAACACGAUGAGCCACAGCGUACAUGGUCCUACGGGAAGUCCUCAUAUGCUCCUACCUAAUAUCUGCCAGAACUCGGACAAUCUUGCGAACGGCGUGUCUUGGUACAGUGAACCCGAAGCUCUUGUCAAUGCAUUCCUUCCCAGCCUUCAGAAGGACCAGGACCAGAAAGAGUCUACUACCAACGACAAGGGGAGCACCGAUCAAGUUGGCGCCAAUGCCAACACCUCCGCAUACCCUGAUCCUGCCGAGGAAAGCUACAUGUCUCGAUACCUCAACCUGUCCCCAUAA